AUGGAAAGCCCCGAGUUUGCGGCUGGCAUGCGGAGCCAUGGCGCGAACGGCGCUGGUCCUCACAAGCGGAAACGGAGCAUCAUCGACAGCAGCCCAGCUAGUCUGCUGGACAACGACCACGACGACCAAGACGACGACCACCAUGUCACCGAGCGUGGUGAUGCCUCCCCCGAGGCCAAGGGCCGCCGCCUACCCGGUGUCAAGCGUGCCUGUAAUGAGUGCCGCCAGCAGAAGGUGAGAACAGCAUCUCGCUUACUUUCAUCCCCAGGCCCAGGGUCUUCUGAGUCAUCAUCCCAUCCACAUCCAACCGUCAACCCGGACCCGGUGCCGAGUCUGGCCCCGAGUCCACUUGUCUAUAUGCCCCUAGAUUAUACUCUGGCUGCCGGCCGGCCGUCUCCGUUCUCCGGCCCGGUCUCCGGAGCGCACCCUCCCCUGCGCUGCGAUGUCGUCCAGGAUCCCUUUCAAGGCUGCUCCAGGUGCAACCGCCUCAAACUCGAGUGCAAGAUCGAGUCCAACUUCAAACGCAUUGGCAAAAGGUCGAAGCAUGCCGAGAUGGAGAAGGAGAUCGAUAAGCUACGUCGUGCCGUGCAGGCGGCUAAGGCCCAGGGCUUUACGGUUGAGGAAGAUGAUGAGGCUAUCCACUCGCAGCUGCAGUCCCCCGUCGUCGCCAGCCAGUAUACGCAUACCCGCAAUCCGUCCCUGAUGGGUUCUGACGAAGCUGUGUCAUCCUUGCUCCAUCUCAAAAGGGGCGGCUCCUAUACGAUACCUCGCAUUGCCCGCGAGCUUGACGACUUUCGAAUCACAGAAGAACAUGAAAGUCUGCUGUUCAGCCAGUUCUUCAACUGCUAUCAUCCAUUCUUACCAUUUCUGAAUCCAAACCAGACACCAGACCAAUACUAUCAACAGCACCCGUUACUGUAUUGGUCCAUCGUUGCGGUUGCGAGCAGGAGGUUUCUGCCCGAUCCCACCAUCCUCACCAAACUCUCGGGUCCCCUGACAAGAUAUCUCUGGACAACCAUCGGAGAGGUUCCACAGAGCUACUACGUUGUCAAGGCGUUAUGUCUGCUCUGCACAUGGCCGUUGCCUACCAGCACUACAUCAUCCGACCCCACGCACAUCCUUUGCGGGGUGCUGAUGAAGAUUGCCACCGGCAUCGGACUGCACCGGCCCAACCACAUCAACGACUUUUCUCGAGUCGCCGUCGAACUCAACAAUGAUGGCCUGCACGACCGUAUCAAGACUUGGGCAGUGUGCAAUAUUGUUGCACAGACGAUUGGUACAGGGUAUGGUCAGCCGGCUUCAACGCUGUACGACUGGACGUUGGCUGUUCGCGGCGGCGAAUCAGGACUUUUCUCUUUGGGGCCCGAGCUGGAGGCAAGGCUGCAAAUAGAACGCUUCUGCGACAAGGUAUCCAAAGAGAUGUAUAGCAAUGCCAGCGACCCCAGAGGUGUCGCGGGCGACGAACACCGCGCCAUGUUGAUGCGUGUGUAUCGUCGCGAGUUCAACGAGCUCCAGGCUUCCAUUCUGUCACAGAACCUCUCACCCAUCAUUAAUCUUCACUUGCGGGCAGCAGGUCUUCAUCUCCGCCUGGCUGGCUUCUUUGACUCCAGUAAAACACCCGCGUACCUGGACGACCUGAUGGCUCUUUGGCGGGCCACCACCAGCUAUCUUGACUACAUUCUGGAGGGCGAUUCGCAAUCGCAGUCGCAAUGUCCCCAAGAGUAUCGGUACCAAGUCCGCGACUCCUAUUUCCUUCAGUAUGCUACCAACUACAUUCAGCAAAUGCUGGUCGCAGCCGGGUUCGCUUUGCUCAAACUUAUGCGAUCCUUCUUCGCUAAACAGAUCGACUUUGAGCGGGGCAGAAACCUGUUCCACGGCGCCAUUCGAGCCAUCAGAACCACCAGCGUGAUUCAAAACGACUUGAACUGGCGGUUAGCCGAACUGAUGGUGCAGAUUUGGAACGGCGCUCGUAUCGACGCCAUCAGCCCCUCAUUCCAGGCCAACGAUAACCCAGAGAUCGACGACAGCUUGCAGCUAAAAGUCCGGUGCCGCCAUAGUAUGAGCUUGGUAUUUGACUCGAUUUGGCAUUGGCGAGAAGAGUACCAAGCAAGAGGUCGGGGUACGCUCGAUGCUCUCAAGCAGCCUACACAUCCUGAUUCAGCUAAUGAAUCAUCAGCCUCUUCGACUCAUCUCGACACCACUUUAGCUCCUCCACCGCACAGCAUCCCCGCAAACUUGGGAAUCGCAACGUCGAACGGCGCCCUCACGCCCAGCGCAGGCGGUUCCGCCCUCGGUGGUGGCGGUGCCAUGCUGGACGGUUUGCCCUAUGGCAACGCCACCACCACCUAUGAUGUCUGGGAUCCACAGCACUGGAUGCUGGACGGCUUGAUCGACUUCAACUACACUUUUGUCCCUCCCAUCGAUGCUAAUUAG